AUGAUAGACAAAGAUGGGGAGAGAUCAUUAGACCUGACACCUCACCGACACUCAGAAAGAAACAGGAUGACUCAUUUGAGGGGAAAGAAGCGAUCCCCCCACUCCGCAUCGUCAGCCGGCUCAAAAACAUAUGGAGUGCGGGGCAACACCGAGCAUGACAGCAAGCUUGCGGACGCUCCAGAAAGUAAGGAGAAAAAUGAGUCCAGACGGAGAGGUGCGCGAGAGGGCGGAGCUAAUGAGAUCAGCUCGCUGCGUCUUGUGCCAACAACACCCAUGGACUCCAAAGACUCCUAUCGUGCACGUGCAGGAGCGAGAGACGUCGGAAUGAGGAGGAGAGUAGGGAAGGAGCGUUGUGAUGCUCAGGAAGAUCGCAACUCCACCCCCUCCCCGAUCAAGACCUCGGAUUGUGGUAUAUGCGAUGGGAGCACAGAGGAUAAAAAGGAAGAGAAGGAUAUGAUGGCCAAAGAUAAUUAUAACCAUGAGAUCACCCUCAUAGAAAAACAAUCCAUUGAGCCACCCCAGCCAGUCUGGAACAUUGUGCACGACCAUUCUAAUGACAAAUUAGACAUGCACUCAACAACUGAAGAAAUGGUUCUACAAUGCAAUGAAGGCUCAGUCUUUAUGUUUUAUUGUGUUCUGAGCUAUAUGGCUCUCCUUUCACUUGCCAGCUUCAUUGUGGCUUUCCAGGCUCGUAAGCUGCCUGACAGCUUUAAUGAAGCCAAAUUCAUCACCUUCAGCAUGUUGGCUUUCUGCAGUGUAGUGAAGUCCCUGCCCUGUCAUCAAGGUGAACCAAUACCUGUUCCAAAUGAAUGGUACCAGCAAGGGGACUUUGUCAUUGGUGGGAUGGUAUCUAUGGCUAACUACCAAUUUAAUGAAGUUUCAUUUCAGCAGCAUCCCUCUCUUGAGUAUUUUGGCCAUCCAGACGUGCUAACAAAGUUUUACCAACAUAUCCUUUCCUUGGUCUUUGCUGUGAAAAAGAUCAAUGAGAAUCCAGAAAUCUUGUCCAAUGUCACUCUUGGUUUCUAUAUUCAUGAUAGCUACUACAAUGCAAUAAUGACCUAUCGGACCACCCUGGACCUGCUCUUCAGAUCAGAGAGAUUUGUCCCCAACUAUAAAUGUGACACCAGGAGAAAUCUCAUUUCUAUCAUAGGAGGGCUCAGCUUUGGAACUUCCUCCUAUAUCGCAGAUCUGGUAAAGUUUUACAAGAUUCCACAGCUCACAUAUGGGUCAUUUACCCCACAAGAUGUUCAUAGCACUGAGAUUCCAUUCUACUACUCCAUGGUUCCAAAUGAGUCCUCACAGUACAUUGGGAUUAUCCGACUGCUUCAACAUUUUGGGUGGAGAUGGGUUGGGCUCCUUGCUAUUGAUAACAGUCAAGGAGACCAUUUUCUGCAAAGCAUGGAGUCCCUCUUUUCCCAGCAUGGAAUCUGCUCUGCUUCUACAGAAAGAAUCCCAUUUUUAACCUACUGGGACAAGAUUUUUGAAAUGUUAGAUAAAUGGAAAAAUAUUUAUAAACACAUAAGUGAUGAGAAGACCACAAUUUUUGUCAUGUGUGGAGAAUCUUUGACAAUUGCAUGGUUAACGGAGAUAAUUUUUUGGCUUAGCCCUGGACAUGAGCAAAGUUCUUUGGGAAAGGUAUGGAUCAUGACUGCCCAGAUGGAUUAUUUAUUAACAGGAAUGAAUAAAAAAUGGGAUCGUCAGUUCUUCGAUGGUGCUAUUUGCUUUAAGAUUCAAGCAGAAGAAAUUCCAGGAUUCAAGGAAUUCUUGAAGUUCAUAAAACCUCCUUGGAUUCAAGGAGAUGGAUUUUUUCCACUUUUCUGGGAACAAGUAUUUGAUUGUUCAUUACCAUCCCCUUCUUUGACCAAACUGGUCAAUCCCUUUUGUACUGGACAGGAGAGGCUAGAGGACAUUCCUGGGGCUCUUUUUGAGGUAGAGAUGUCUGGGCACAGCUACAGUAUCUAUAAUGCAGCCUCUGUAUUGGCUCAAGCUUUACAUGCUCUCUUCUUACUUCGAUCUAAUUACAGGCAUUUUUUGAGGCACAAAUUAUCAGAAUAUGAAGAUUCAAAACCGUGGCAGAGACACAAGAUUGGAAAAGUGGAUCCUGAUGCUUUAAAAGGAAAGGGAUUAGUCAUUAAUGAGGAUAUGAUUGUUUGGCAUAGAUCAUUUAACCAGGUGCUUCCCAUUUCUCUAUGCAAUGAACGUUGUCUCCCUGGUUAUCAAAAGAGGAAGAAUGAAGGAAAGAAAUUCUGUUGUUAUGAUUGUGUUGAAUGUCCAGAGGGGAAAAUCUCUAAAGAGAGGGAUACUGUUGCUUGCUUCCAAUGUCCUGAUGAUCAAUAUGCAAACCAUAGGAAAGAUGGAUGCAUCAUGAAAACAAUUAGCUUCUUGUCUUAUGAAGAACCUUUAGGACUCAGUUUAGCUACUGUUGCUACUUUAUUUUUCCUCAGUACAAUAUGGGUGUUGGGAAUAUUUAUUAAGCACAAAGACAGUCCUAUUGUGAAAGCCAACAACCGGGAUCUCACCUACAUUCUCCUCAUUUCCCUUCUCCUUUGCUUCUUCUGCUCUUUGCUCUUUAUUGGACAACCUGGGAGAGUCACCUGUCUCCUCAGACAGUCUGCAUUUGGUCUCACCUUCUCAUUGUCCAUCUCUUGUGUGUUGGCCAAAACCAUCCUUGUUUCUCUUGCCUUCAAGGCCACCAAGCCAGGAUCUCAGAUAAGGACAUGGGUGGGGAAAAGACUGGCUGUUUCUAUUGUCCUUCUCUGCUCUCUACUCCAAGCAAGCAUCUGUAUUGUUUGGUUAUCCACCUCUCCCCCAUUCCCAGAAUUAGACAUGCACUCAACAACUGAAGAAAUGGUUCUACAAUGCAAUGAAGGCUCAGUCUUUAUGUUUUAUUGUGUUCUGAGCUAUAUGGCUCUCCUUUCACUUGCCAGCUUCAUUGUGGCAUUCCAGGCUCGUAAACUGCCUGACAGCUUUAAUGAAGCAAAGUUCAUCACCUUCAGCAUGUUCGCUUUCUGCAGUGUGUGGGUCUCCUUUGUUCCAACCUACCUGAGCACCAAAGGAAAAGCUAUGGUGGCUGUGGAGAUCUUCUCCAUUUUGUCCUCUAGUGCUGGGCUUCUCGGAUGCAUCUUUUCCCCCAAAUGUUACAUAAUUGUAUUUAGACCUGAUUUAAAUCGCAGGGAACAACUGAUAAGAAGACAUGUUUAA